AUGAACAAAUAUAAAUCUCGCGGUUACGACUACUGGAGCAAACAAGGCAUACCGGGUCCCACACCUGUCCCUGUAUUUGGCAAUUAUUUCACGGCAUUCCUCACACCAAACCCUCUCAGAGAACGUAAUUUCUAUCAGAAAUAUGGCAAUAUAUUCGGCCAUUUUCUGGGUACCAUGCCCGUGCUCAACAUCGCCGAUCCUGACCUGAUCAAGGCGAUUUGGGUUAAAGACUUUCACCUGUUCCCCAAUCGUACCAAAGUGUGGACCCCUAACAGCCCCCUAACCGCCCGGAAUCUCAACCACUUGUGUGGGGACGACUGGAAACGUGUUCGCUCUAUAGUAUCGCCGGUGUUUACAUCCGGAAAAAUGCGGCGAAUGUACCCUCAAAUCAGAGACUGUUUAUCCGAUUUUACCGCUACUUUAGACUCCCUGGCCGGUGGGCACCUUGAUGCUCAAGAUUUGUGCAGUAGAUUGAAGUUUAGUUUCAAUGUGUGGAAUGAGUUGGCCAAGCUCAUUUUGCCAAAAUUUGUCCAAAAGUGGUUUAGGGUGGCGGAUAGGGAGUCGGACGAGUAUUUUUUGGAUACUGUUAGACAUAUUGUGGCGGAAAGGCGUCGGAAACCCGGUGCUAAAUAUAAUGAUUUUAUUCAAUUGCUUAUGGAUUCCGAGAUUAGGGACAGUGAUGGCGAUGAUGGUGGUGCUGGUAAUGACACGGAUAUAAAUGUUCAGCAUAUAAAUAAAGGAACGGAGGAACUGGAUAUCGAUCGAAAGGUAUUCAACAUAAACAUCAAGGAUAAAAAAUUGACCGAGGACGAGAUCAUAGCGCAGGGCUACCUAUUUCUAUUGGGCGGGUAUUUGGCAACGGCUACGACCCUCGCAUUUUCG